AUGGCCACCGCUUUCCUCCCCCGACUAUCCUCACCUCUCGCCUUCUCCGUCUCUCGCUGGGCGAACUUCUACACUACACAAUAUACCCUCAAGUUUCUGCCGUCGCUAUCAAUCGCCAUCCCCGGCGUCACAAUCAACCUUCCUGGACUGCUGGGCGACAUCUGGGAAUCUGUGCUGCGGGCGGUGCCCAAGAACAAGGUCUCACAUUCCAAGAAGCGAUCAAGGCAGAUGGCUGGAAAGGCGCUCAAGGAUGUCAACCAUUUGUGCAAAUGUCCCGGUUGUGGAGAGGUUAAGAGGACGCAUAGGCUAUGCCAGAACUGCCUGGAAGAAAUGAAGCAAAUAUGGCGCCAAGAUUAUCCUGCAAACAAGCCCUUCUAA